CUAGAUUCGAGCCGCCGCUGGGCUGUUCAGAGCGAGCGUGGACGUUUACCGCGUCGCAUCUUUUGGGUUUUUCAGUUGAUUCCUUUGUGAAUGUUCUUGCUCUCGCAACGCGUUCAUAAGCUACACGAUUCUUAACUCGGCUAUUUCCUUCCGCGAGUGUUUCGGCAGAUUGAUUUGCGUUGAAGUUUCAGUUGGGUUUGUCGCUUAAAUCUCGAUUAGAACAUAUACGAAUGGAAUCGUGAGAACUUCCGGGAUACACUGCAGCCCGAUUCGAAUGUAAUAGUGAUCGACAGUGAGCACCAAUGACAUGUGCAGUGACAUUGAUAACGAACUUUAAACAAUCAAUCAAAAUUUUCGCGUUGUUCGUCCAUCAAAUUAGACAUGAUAGAUCAUACCGUGUGUCAAACAUAUAGAGAUCUAUGUUUCGUUCACACAUCAUCGGCGAUGUUCACGUAAAAGUGCAAAUUCGAGCCAUGCCAGUAGUCAUUUUUGGUUCUCUAUAUAUUUUUCUUUAAUCCUAUUGCUGUCCAUUUGUUUUCUAUAAGUAGAUUAACAGCAUCGAUAAGAAUGUAAAAAUUAGUUGGAAAGGACAUCCGUGAGUGUAAGUAGUUUGCAGUGUCUCGUGAAUUUGACUUUUCUAAAGACAUCUACCUUUGCUCGAAGUUGGCAACAUCGAACCCAGGAUCGGAGCAGAAAGAUUUGAAUAGCGUUUGAAGCGCGAUUCUAAUUCAACGACCAGCAGGACGGGAACGACGACGGUGACGGCGACACCGACGACGGCGGUUAUUCUCCUCCGUUCGGCGGCGCUGUCACCUCUAAAGAUGUCAGAGCUCCGAAUCGAUUGUUCCGAACUAACUCAUUCGAAACAUUAAGACGCCUAUACCGGAAACAGCAGAAUACUCGGACAAGAUGUCAAUGACGGGAAGCUUGAUGGGUUACGAAAACAAUAACGAGAUAAAUCAAGCAAAGUGUAAGAAGCCGUUAAAACCGCUUCCGAUAGUGUCUAGCAUAAAUUCCAGUGGUAUUACAACAACCAACAAAACGAAAAAGCCCCGAAGAUCGGCCAGACGAAGCUCUUGUAUACGAGGUCACGUGAAUAGUUUGUGGUCCGUCUGGUACGGUGUUUUGGCGGUCGCUUUUCAAGCUUACAUCGGGUUAAGAUACGCGAAAAGGUUCGCCGCGUAUUUAUCGUUACCUUGGCCCGCGGACGCUCCACCGCCAAAGGUGGAGCUGUACGCGUGCUUGGUGCUGGCCGGUGCUGGAGUCGUUUUGUUGCCCGUCCUGCUUGGCGCGGCAUUUUUAAAGCUCGGCAACCUGGCGAACGAUGGGGUGAAACUUGGCCGUCAUUUAAGCGCGUGCUCGCGCGAUCCACCUUCGUCCCUGCUCACCAACAACCCCGACCACAGUUUGGCGAACAAUUUAUGGAGACACGGGGGUCCCACGGCCGCUUUCGUACACCUUUGCACGGCCAUGUGCUUCCUCCUACCCUCGCUUCUCAUGGAGGCCAGGCUGAUACACGCUGGAUUUUUGCCAAAAGAAACGAUAUGGCGUACGGAUCUGGAUUGGCUGGUGACUCAUCGCGAUCGACUGGUCGUGUCAAGCUUCAUGAAUCCGACCGUAAAUCUUAGCAUCUUGACCGGUUUCAUAACGCCCCAACCUUUCGUCACUUUAACACCCGACGACGAAUCCACCGAUAAUACAGGGAACGAUAUUACCACUAUGAAAUCAGAACUGAUCGAUCUUAUCAAUAAAUCGAUCGCGGUCGAAUCUCGACACCAGGAAACUACAAGGUAUAACGGGUUAUUUCGAGCGGCGAGUAACGGUCUAUCCACAUCUGAUACUCGAGUUCCGAGUACCACUUCCGCCCUACCUGCCAAACGAGCUACAACUACACCCUCGACGCAAGAAAUCAUUAUCGAUGCACCGAAAACACCGUCCACGAUUUUAAACUCGACAAUGGCCGCCAAUAGUAAUGCAUCGUCGAUUACAACAACGACGAGUACGGAAGCGCCAACGACAACAGCGACGAUGACAACAUUGUCGAUAACGAGGAACGCGAAAGCAUCGACGUCGACGAGAACGUCGGAAAUAGGAAAAGUAGCUACAGUUGGAACCGCGACUACCGCCGUGGCAGCAUCAACGCUCGCGUCCAUUUUUCCCUCGACGUCCAAUCCGAUGAAAUAUGGAAAUACUGUCAGGCGACCAGUCACUAGCAAGACGAUCGUUAAAAAUAACAGUUUAAAGAGCAAGUCGAAAAUAAAGAACGUAGGAAGAAAUUCGACGACGGUCAGACCGAAGACUGUCUCUGCUGGAAAUAUGACCGCGCAGAGUAUGUCGUUAACGAUGAACAGCUUGGCCGAUUUGGAUCAUCCGGAAAAGUUGAAUCUUGAAUUACAAUCGGCCGAAUCGUACGGACCUAUCACUCUCGAGUAUUUGAAUUACGCCGUCGCUCUUGGCGUAUAUUCCGUGAGGUAUCCGGCGGUUUUUUGGUCGUGCAAUAAACCAUUAGCCACGAUUUUUAGCUUCCAAUUAAUCAUCAAUUCCGCCCAGAGCUUAUUGGCCUACGUUGGAAUGUCCGUUCUUUACAAGGUCCAAGUAAUGGGGCCUUUGAAGGUGCUACCGGUUCUUCGCCAACAGUAUCGUACGAUAUCGACCACAAGCAGCAUAUCGACCAUUUUCGGUGACUCGUACUUUCUGCUGAAUCCACACGUUACGCUCGUAUUGUUCGCUCUCUCCUCCCUCUUGGUGCUUUGCUCCAGCAUGGUGAUGUAUUUCUACGCUUAUGGCAGGUUCACAGCGUUUCUAAAUCACGAACGCGAGCGUCGAAUUAUCUUGUCGAAGGAGAAUCGAAACGGAAACGGUUGGAUAUAUUUUAUCCAUUGCACCGCUCUAUGCGUGUUCUUGGCAAUCGCGAUAUGCAGCGCGCCGUUGCUCUACGACUACAGUGUCGUGUACCGUGGCAGCCUGGACGGUGCAAUUUUAGCAUGUCUCGUCGCCACCGUCCUGCAUCUGUUCCUAUGGCUGGUUUUAUGGAUAUUCCUCACGAUAAAACAACGUUGGACGUUCAAAUUGCGAGUGACGAUAGGCCGUGCAACCGUUAGAUCGGCAAGAUCGGUAAAACUUGUGACCGACGUCGAUCUGUUAUCGGCCAGGGACGAUGAGGACGGAACCAACGCGCCAUUACUAGUUGUCGGUAACGGCAGGACGUACACCAUUGCCGACGCUUCACCGAAAAAGGCUAUCAUGAGCGUGAUACAAAAGGCGGCUAUCGAGAGGAAAGCACGUGCUCAAGGAAACACUGAUUCCGUUAACGGCGAUUCAGUGGCCGACGAUGAACAAAUCUAUUGGCUGAGACCAAAAUUGCGCCCGUCGCCGACUAGAUCGCCGAACGAGAACGGUGCACCAGCGACGGAGAAAGGAUGGCUGAACAAGAAAUUGAAACCCAAGGUCACCUUUAACGACCUGCCUAGUACGUCAGGCUCGCGUAAUAAAGGAAAAAUCAGACGAGGCAACGGUGACGGAGGCCCUGAAGAUGACGGAGAUUACGCCACGUUACGAGAAUUACCGUUAAUUACGUCCUUGGAUCCGGCCGAUGACUCAACAUCCGAAGAGAACAAGUGGGAAAGAUGGCUGAUAUCUCGUAGGGACGGUAUACCUAAAUUUGGAAACCUGCUCGAGUGCGUGAACGAUGACCAAGUGACGUACUACGCGAGUGCAAAUCGCGAUCUGCAACCCUCGGAAGGCGACCCUUCGCCUCUUUUGACUCCAGACCCUUUGCCCGAUUCCUCCUCGGAGCCACUUCCACUGCCACCUCCGACUCCGACCCCAACUCCGACUCCGACUUGCGCACCGACUACCGAAGUUGUCACGGCGUUACUAACCACUAACACCCAGACAAACGGAGGACACACGCCACGAUGCUUGCGCCGAGCUGAUUCAGGAAUGCCGCACGAGGAAUUGACUCCUCGCUCGGAUUCCUCCAAUUCUCCGCCGUUGGACGCCGUGGCGGGUGGCAACAGCGGAGCUGGCUCGGGGCACAGUAACGCCAGCAGCCAUAGCGAAACGUCCUCUAGCGGCGUGCACAGUAACGCCAGUAACGGGAGCAAUGGAAGCUGUCAACGGCGAGCGACCAGCGUGGACGACGUGACCGGUGGCGGCGCCACCAACGUCGUCGAGCAGCGAGACAACGAGGAGUCUGCGCAGUGGCGCAGCUGUUCCCUCCAACGCGGUGUUCAACCGCCGUCCGCGACGAUCACGUUUUCACCGCCAAACAGUCGCCCCGGCACCAGCCAUUCCUUUUCUUCGCCGCAGUAUGCGAACCACGUGCCGCUGUUCGCCAAUCCAAAUUCGAACGCGAGCGCUAACAAUCCGAGCGUGAACACGAGCGUGAGCGCCAGCACGAACGUUAACGUAAAUGAUAUAGCUGGCACGGUCGCUGGCCAAGGAUGCCCGGCCGUUAUCCUCGAGAAUCCGAACGAGGCGACCGUGGUGAUACGACGGAAGCUGUCGAGGACGAAGCUUACGGAGCCUUUGAACCCGAACGAGGAGCCGUUUGGCCGGUCCACCAACAUGAGGAUGACGUCAUUCACCGAGAGCAACGAUAUUCGUGUCCACGCCUCGUCCGCCACUUUGCCGCAUUACCCGACCCAGCCGGUGGUAACCUAUCCGCACUGCUCCACCAUGCCUCUGCCCCACGCCUCUCACAGCAUGGCCGGAUCUCAUAUGGGCGGUUCGAGCGGAAGCUGUGGAUCGGUGCCGAGGCACGCUUUCGUCCCGCCGCAGGUACAUUCGACGGUGCCCGCGCACACAACUUUACCGUCCCACCACAACGGCGUCAGACUUCUCCCCGGCAUAGCACCCGCCCCCAACAAUCCUUUCGUCAAGAGGUUCCCACCCGUGCAGCUGCACACGCAGCCUUGGGCGCUGCCCGGCCACCACACUUUCCCCCAAGCGUCCCAAGUUAACGGCAAGCUGACCACCACAGCGCAAAUCAGGCAGAGCGAUCGUGACUCGGCAAACUUUUCCAUGGCCAGUAGCGGUGACUCCGACACGUGUCUGCCUCAUUAGAUCGAUUCGAUUUCUACCCUCUUCGCUCUCGCUCCGCGCCGAGCAAACUUUUCACGUAUACCGUUUCCGAUCACGUUCCUGGAUCAUUGUCGUCACGAAGAGAAGAGAGAAAACGUUGCCUCGGGGGUCGUUGUCUCUCUCGCCGAACGUGGUUGCGUGGUGCAUUGAACGAAACAACAUCCGUUUGCGUUUUGUUGUUCGCGUUAUAUAUCGUUAUCAUGCCAUCGUAUCGGAUCUUAUUACAUAUCAUACUUUCGAUUAUUACCCAUGAGAACACGUCCGACACGUACGGAUUUUAUUUUAUUUUCGAUACA